AUGGGUUUGACGGAACAAUGCUCCUCCACCUUCCUCUCCACCGGCAACCCCUGCCUCGACUUCUUCUUCCACAUAGUCCCCAACACUCCCGCCGACAAAUUGAUCGAUCGGCUCAACCUGGCCUGGGCUCACGAUCCCCUCACUGCGCUCAAGCUGAUCUGCAAUCUGCGAGGAGUCAGAGGAACCGGCAAGUCGGACAAAGAAGGGUUCUACGCGGCGGCGCUCUGGCUCUACAGCCACCACCCGAAAACACUCGCUCUCAACGCUAGGGCUUUGGCGGAAUUCGGCUAUUUCAAGGAUUUCGUCGAGAUUCUGUUCCGGAUCCUCGAAGGCCUCGAAGUGAGGAAGAAAGCCAAGGAGGAAAGACAAGAGAAGGAGCGAGAGAUUGCUAAAGCGGCUAAGGCGUUGAAGAAGUACAAUUCCGAUCCCAAUUACAGGCUCCUGUUCGAUUCGAUUGCAGAUCUCUUUGCAGAUUUGCUGAAAUCUGAUAUGGCGGCCCUGAAAUCGAAGGAUUACUCGAAGAUCACUCUGGCGGCGAAGUGGUGCCCUUCGAUCGACUCCUCCUAUGACAAAUCCUUGCUAAUCUGCGAGGCAAUCGCUCGCCGGAUGUUCCCCAAGGAGAGCGAUAAGGAGUACGAAGCCGCGGAAGAAUCCCACUACGCUUACCGCGUGCGAGAUAGGCUUCGAAAGGAAAUCCUCGUCCCUCUCCGCAAAGCCCUCCAGAUUCCGGAGGUUUACAUGAGCGCACGAAACUGGAAUUCUCUUCCUUACGGUCGAGUUCCAUCGGUGGCUAUGAAGAACUACAAGGAUCUGUUCGUCAAGCACGACAAGGAGAGGUUCGAGGAGUAUCUGGAGAAAGUGAAGGCCGGCAAGGCGAAGAUCGCAGCAGGGGCGUUGCUCCCCCACGAGAUCAUCGCCCAGCUGAACGACGACAGCGAUGGAGGGGCCGUGGCGGAGCUUCAGUGGGCGAGGGUGGUGGAGGACAUGUCGAAGAAAGGCAAGCUGAGCAACUGCAUUGCCGUUUGCGAUGUGUCAGGUAGCAUGUCCGGGACUCCAAUGGAGGUUUGCGUGGCACUUGGGCUGCUGGUUUCGGAGCUAAGCGAGGAGCCGUGGAAAGGGAAAGUGAUCACUUUCAGUGAAAAACCGGAGCUCCAUAUGGUCCAGGGGGAGACGCUCCAGGAGAAGACUGAAUUCAUCAGGAGGAUGGAGUGGGGGAUGAGCACCAAUUUCUACAAGGUGUUCGACAAAAUUCUGGAUACGGCGGUUGCAAACAACCUGACGGAGGAUCAGUUGAUAAAGCGGGUGUUCGUGUUCAGCGACAUGGAGUUCCACCAGGCAUAUGCGAACCCCUAUCCCCACCGCCACUAUGCACCAUAUGGCGGCCACUUCCCAAUCUAUGGCGGUGGUGGUGGUGGCUUCGGAGGAUCUGAGGUGGAGGAGGAGGAAGUGCUGCAGCCAAGGAGUUGGGAAACGGAUUAUCAGGCGAUACAGAGGAAGUUCGGGGAGAAGGGGUACAGCAGGGUGCCGGAGAUCGUGUUCUGGAAUCUGAGGGACUCUUCGGCCACACCGGUGGUGGGAACACAGAAUGGGGUGGCGCUGGUGAGUGGGUUCUCGAAGAAUUUGCUGACGAUGUUCAUGGAUGGAGGUGGGAUAGUGAAUCCAGAGGAUGUGAUGGGGUUAGCCAUUGCUGGGGAGGAGUACAAGAAGCUUGUGGUGUUCGACUGA